AAAGUCAACAGAAUUUGCGCAUAGAAAAAGAAUUAAAUAAAACCCACACAGCCCUUUUCUUCCUUCAAUGGCUUCCAUCUUCCCUUCUGAUCUGCAAUGUGCUUCAAGACUUGUACCAAGAUCUCAACUCAAAAUCUCCAAAAAGGGGAAGGUCAUGCUCUCCAUCAUCGUCCUUACCAUCCUCUCUUACUCUGUUCUCUUGUUGUCUGAUCAUUACAUCCAAUACCCUGUCAUCAUGGAUUUCAUCACCAGAGUUCUUCUCUUGGGUACAGAGAAACGCAGAAGCCCUGAACGCACCAAAUUGCUCACCGAAAUCAAAGAAGACGCCAGAAAUAUUGUUACAAUUCAACUCCUCUUCACGAUUGGGUUUUGUUUGGUCUCCCUUUUCUCCAUGACUGCUACAAUCUGUGUUUCAGCCAUGGCUAGAGCUAGGAAGAACCUAACCUUCAAGGAGCUUGUUUUGAAGAUCAAAAGAACAUGGACCAGAACACUGAUCACUCUGUUCUACGUGACCCUUUUGGGUUCUGGUUAUGCCCUUUUGGUUUUGGCUUCAGUGGGUAUUCUUUUGGUGUUUUCUGAUGGUCUGCUUGUCUUUCUUGUCCUUGGCAUUUUGAUAGCUCUUUUGGGGUGGUUUCUGCUUACUCUGUACGUGGCUGUAAACUGGGGAAUGGGGCUAGUGAUUUCAGUUGUGGAAGAAGGAUGCUAUGGCUUGGAGGCUCUGGGGAGAGCUGCAGAGGUCACCAAGGGAAGGAUGCUACAUAUCCAGGGCUUCAUCAUCAACCUUAUAUUUGCCUUGAUUUGUGGAACCAUUUUAAGGGUUCUUGGUCACAAGUUUAUAACAAGUUUACUAGUAGAAAGGAGAUUGGUGAUCUUGCUGAUUAUGGUGAACUUGUUUUGCCUGGUCAAGAUCAUCUAUUUCAUGGUCUACACUAUGUUCUAUCACCAUUGUAAGAAAAGCCAUCAAGAAGUAAUAAAAGUUCAAUGAGGCACUUGUGUAACUCAUCCCAAAAACCCUUGAUCAGAAUCAAACAGAGCAGUUCGAUUUUAUUUAUA